AUGUUGAAAACUCGGGUGCGCCUUCCGGCGAAACAGCUCGGUCCUCUUUUUUGUCCUGCCAGGUUCCCGUUUCGCCACUCUCUUAACCCACCACGGCGGUUUGCGAGCGGCACGUCGCAGAAGCCAAGCUCCUCGUCCCACUGGUUUCGCAACUCGCUUGGCUUUGCAGUUGCUGGCACUGCUGUAUUUCUGGGCUACACAUAUGGUAUCGACAACUGGAAAGAGAUGUGGGUGGAUAGUUCGGGGACUAAGGAAACCAUCGACGUCAAUGACCUUCGGUCUCAGUUCGUGCAGGAGAAGAGGAGCUUGAAGAGUCCUGGAGUCUAUAUAUGGGGUUCGAAUGUCUAUCGUGUCACGGACCCCGACUCGAAAGACAUCAACAUCAAGGUUCCGCGGCGAUUCAAAUACUUCGACGGCCAGGUGCUGAAGGAUUUCAAGGUGGACGAGAAGUCGGGCGCUGCAAUCACCGAGAAUGGAGACCUGGUCCAAUGGGGCAAAGGAUUCUCGGAGCACGACUUCAAACCAACCACAACCUUGACUGGCAAGAAUCUUGUCUCGCUUUCAAUGUCCGAAAACCGAAUCGUUGCAUUAUCCUCGGGUGGGACAGUCUACUCGUUGCCAAUAUCUAAACAGGACCAGGCAGCUGGCCCCAAAGCGCGGGAAAGCUCCUGGGUACCUUUCUGGGCCGGGCAAGCCAAAAUGAGCUACCGCAUACUGAAGCCGGGGCUGAAGCUCGGGGAAAGGGUCACUGCGGUCAGCAGCGGGCAGGAGCAUGUACUGUUACUCACCAGCUCUGGCCGAGUCUUUUCUGCUGCUGCCUCCACCGAUAAUUAUCCGUCUCUCGGCCAACUCGGUGUCCCCGGUUUAACAUGGUCAACCCGGCCCAGCGGGCCAGUAGACACUUGCCAUGAAAUUUCAGUUCUGAAGGGGGCUAAGAUCACACAAAUUGCCUCUGGCGAUUACCACUCACUCGCACUUAGCAAAGAUGGCCGUCUUUUCGGUUUUGGCGAUAACUCUUUCGGGCAGUUGGGGGUGGAAUUCGAGCCCGAGUUCCCUUCCAAGGAUACCCCUUUUCUACUUCCAUUGAGCCAGCUGUACAAAGGGAAUACCUACCUGCCUAAGAUUACUGGUAUUGCCGCCGGUGGUGCCAACACUUUUUUCACCGUCGACGCCACGCGAGUCGUGGGACCUGGGGAAGAGGCUGCCGACGUGCGCGAUCUAGGCCAUGUAACGGCAGAUACAUGGGCCUGCGGCCGGGGCAUUUGGGGCACUCUCGGCAAUGGGCGAUGGAUUCAUCUGCAAGAUUCGCCCACUAAAGUGAAGAUGCUCAGCGGCGUAGGUGAAUACGACGAAAAAACGAAGCAAGUCGCCCCAAUCCGUCUCCGUACCAUAUCGGUUGGGACGACCCAUGUCUCGGCGGUGAUGGACAACCACACCCAUCUCAGCGCUUCCACCACGGAGUCGCUGGAUAAUUCUCAGGAUUGGGGCUACGAUGUGCUUUGGUGGGGUGGAAACGAAAAUUUCCAGCUGGGGACAGGCAAGCGAAGCAACUUGUCCAAGCCAAGCUACAUCAAUGCACCGCCCGAGCGUAAGAGCAAAGAGGCAGAGGCGCGGUUGCAAAUUAUGCCUCGCCACAAGGGCAGAGUGGGCAAUCGUACUGUGAGCAUGGAACAGCGGGUUGAGUGCGGGCGACAUGUGUCUGCGAUUUACUCUGCGGCGUAA